UUUUGAUGUUGUUGGGAAGACGACACACAAACAACAGCCGAUACGAAAGCAGAAGAGGUGUGGAGGAAGGAAGGAGAGGUUGAGGACGUGCGAAGAGAAGCACGCCACCACCAGCCAGAGAGUGUGUGUGGACAAGGACACAAGCAGGAGAAAGAGACAGAGAGCGGUCAGAGAGAGAGAGAGAGAGAGAGAGAGAGGGAGCACGCAACGGCUGCGUGUGUGCGUGUGUGCGUGCGCGUGAGUGGCGUGUGCCUUGAGCAGGGGCGGCACUAUGGCUGGCACGCGGCCACCUGCGUUUGCUGCUCCAUCACGCGGAGCGGUGAAAUUGGAGCUGACAGACUCCCUGUUUGACAACGAAGACGAUGACAACUCCAAGACAAAGAACUUCAAGGUGGUGGUGCGCGUGCGCCCCAUCAUCGAGCGUGAAGAAGGGAAGCCAGAGUGCCUCACCAUCAAGAACGAUCAGAUGGUGCUGAUUGACCGCCCCGCGGAGUUUGGACUAAACAAGACGCACCGAUUUGUGUUUGAUCGCAUCUACACGCCGUCGUCAACGCAGGAGGCACUGUACACAUCUGCCAUCAAGCCCGUGGUGCUGUCCGUGCUGGAGGGGUACAACGGCUCCAUCAUCGCAUAUGGACAGACCGGCACCGGCAAAACGCACACCAUCGAAGGACGCGAGGCUGACCAGCGCGGCAUUAUCCCGCGCGCGGGCGAAGACAUCUUCAACUUUAUUGAGAACGAGAGCGACGCAGACUCGAAGUUUCUCGUCCGCACGUCGUUCCUCCAGAUUUACAACGAGAAGAUUGCAGACUUGCUCAAUCCGGAAGGUUUCAAGAAGCAGGCUGUGGAGAAGAAGCCAAGCCUCAGAAUCAGGGACUCCGGCUCCGACGGCGUGUUCGUGCAGGGCCUGUCCGAACACAUCGUGCGCACACCAUCGGACAUCGUUGAUCUACUGAAACUCGGCACCACCAUGCGCACAACAGCGGCGACAAAGAUGAACCGGGAGUCGAGCCGUUCGCACGCCGUCUUCACCGUCAUUGUGGAACGAUCAGAGACCAACAAGGACUCUGGGGAGUCGAGUGUAACGAUUGGAAAGUUGAAUCUCGUUGAUCUCGCUGGAUCAGAGCGCAUCAAGAGCACAGGCAUUGUGGGCGGUGCGCAACUGGACGAAAUGAAGAACAUCAACACCUCCCUCACCGCUUUCGGAAAGGUGAUUCUGGCGCUGACGUCACCGGGAACGCACCACGUGCCGUAUCGUGACAGCAAACUGACGCGCAUUUUGAAAGGGAGCCUAGGCGGCAAUUGCAAAACGACGAUGAUCACAGCCGUGACGUCAAGCAGCGUUUCGUAUCCAGAGACACUCAACAGCUUCAAGUUUGCCAAACGCGCAAAGAACGUCAAAAACUUUGCCAUGAUCAACCAAGACCUCUCAGAUCAGGCACUGCUGUCGGCGUACGAGAAGGAGAUCAAGAAGCUUCGGCGCGCCCUUGAGUCACAAGGACAGACCAUUGACACGCGCGAGAUGGAAUUGCUGCGACAGCAGCAGCAGACGCUCGCGUCCGAGAAACUGCAGAUUCAGGAUAAACUCAUGGAGCAAGAGGAGGAGGUGGCGCGGGCGCGGGCGGAGAAGGAAACACUUCGAGAGAAAAUCGAUGCGCUGGAGCACCAGCUGCUGCUCGGCGGUGCAAAGAUUGAGGAGAGCCCGGAGUUCCACGCAGCCGUGCAGGAGGCUGAGGAGCGGCUACAGCGGGAGUUUGACGACAAACUGCGGGCACUCGAAGCCGAGAGGCGACGGCUCGACGAAGAAAAGGCCCAGCUCAUGCGCGAACGCACAGAACUCCACAGACAGCGCACAGAGUUCCUUCGCCAACGAACAGACCUCUCAUCAGCAUCCCUCCAACAACAGCAGCACCAGCAGCAGCCAUCACCAACCUCGCCAUCAACGUCUCCUUCGUUUCCAGCACACGAGCACGCGCUUGGCGACCGGGAAGACACGGCGUACAGACAGCUCAUGCGCACCACAGCGUCCAUGGUGGUGGGCGGCGGUGGUGGUGGCGGGUCGACGGACGUCAGCAGUCGACCGUCCAUGGACACGCACUACGAGAACGAUGGCGAUGGUGGCGAUGGUGGUGAUGUUGAACGUCGUGGCACUUAUGGUGCCGUCGCACCUCACCACCAUCACCAUCAUCACCAUCACCAUGGACACCACCACGGCCGCCAUCAGCAUCAGCACAGUCACGGCCGGCACCACCGCCACAGCCACGACGUCCCCGCACACAGCAAACACGACAGGGGUAAGGCAAAGGGGAAACACAAGGCAAAGGGCAAGUCCCCACGCAGGUGGGGUGGGCGGUUGCGACAACGCAGCAGCAGCGACCACGCGAUCCGCGCAAAACACCGCAACGGUGACCACGAUAGUGACGCUGGUGGUGAUGGUGAUGGUGAUGGUGGUGGUGGUGGUGGUGGUGGUGGUGUGCUUCGUGGCGGCAGGAACCGUCAUGCAUCAACGUCAAGCCACAAUGGUGAUCAAGCGUACGACGCUUAUGACGCUUACGAUGAAGAGUAUGAUGAAGACGAAUACAACGACUAUGACGACGACGACGACGAUGAUGAUGGGGUGAACGCAGAGCUAGCGGCUGUUGCGAGCGUGGUACCUGCACCGACGGGCCACAAGACAGUUGGUCGACUGUCGCCAUCACGACUUAUCCCCACCCGCCUCCUUCGCCCGUCCAAUCUCAUUCCUUCACGCUGGCGCAACCGCAGCACCAAGCAGAAGAAGGGCAAGGACGGUGAGGAUGAUGGUGGUGAUGGCGGUGAUGGUGGUGAUGUUGUGGGUGAUGGUGAUGAGAUGAACAGGACGCUGACGCCCAGCAGGACGCGGCCUGGCAUCACGGUUGAAGGCGGCAACAGCGACAGCCAUGCCGAAGCGGAUGGUGGCGAUGGUGGUGGCACUGGCAAUGCAGACGCCGACCACAACCAACACCAGCAGCAGGUACAGCAGCAGCAGCAGAUGCAGAUGCAAGGGCUGAUGACACACCGCCCCCUUCUUCGCGUUCCGGCGCACUUGCGGACAGCGAGGAGUGGCAGUGGCGGGGAGGACAGCGAUGACGCAAGCAGCCACAGUCAUUACGCAAGAACAACACCGGAGCAGUCGUCUGCAGCCAUCAGCCCGGCCACGCUGAGUGCGCGUGAAGGUGACGGCAGUGACCGUGGUGGCAGCGGCAACAGCACAUCGCGAAACGCAUUCGCCUUUGACAACAAUUGCGGUGAUGGCGGUGGUGUCAAUGGUGAUGGUGGCGGUGGUGUUGGAGAUGAAAGUGCUGACAGCACCAACGACGAGCACCAACAACAACAGCGCCACCAACAGCGUCAACAGCACCAACAGCAGCAGCAGCACCAACAGCAGCGUCAGCAGGCGAUGCAAGGGCUGCUGCACAGGCGAUUUGAUCGGCCCAUUCGUCCGACGAGUGGGCGCGCACGCUCAGGCGGACACGGGGAGGAGGCGAGGCAGCGACACGUGGACAAGGAGCGCGAAACGCUCGCCGUGCCUGCAGGCAAACGCCGCGCACACAGCAUGGUGCACACGGAACAGGCUCACGGCGGUGGUGCUGUCAGCGGUGGUGGAGGGUUGCGACAGCAGCAGCAGCAGCAGCAGCAGCAUCCAUCGCCAUCAUCUCCACGCAGAACGUCACCACUCUCAGCGGAACACAGUGGGCUGUCGGCAUCGGACGUCGUCGUGACAGACGCAGAUGUGCCGGACGACGACGAUACACAACCGCUGCAGUCGCUGCAGGUGUACAUGCGCGCACUGCGGGACCCCAACACGGGCAUCCCAACACAGCCGCUGACACUCAACCAUCGUCUGCACCGGCAUGUGUUCACGGGCGAGGCUGCGGCCGGCUGGUUCAUGGCCAAUAUGGAAGGCAUCGACUCGCUCGACAAGGCCCAGGGCAUUGGUGCAAAGUUCCUACAGCUGGGGUUGGUGCGCAGUCUUCAACACAACGUGCAAGAAUUCCGUGUUGGAGCGCAGGACUUAUACCAGUUCACUGCGUUUGACAGCGGCCAAACCGCCGCCCGCCCGCGAUCCACGCUCCAACAACGCGGCCUUGAGGAGCAUCAGGUGUUGUCACCGCCGACACCCGCGCAUGUGCAGGAGCAGCAGCAGCGACCGUCACCACCAGCAAGCAGCCGAACACCAUCGUGCGUUGAUGAUGAUGACACGCAGCCAGAUGAGGGCGCGAGCGAGACGGUGAUGUCGGCGAGCAUGGUGCGAAGUGCCGGUUUCAUGUUCGACGACGCGACGACAGACGACAAUGGCGCAUCGCUGCUGCACAGAGCAGCGGGGCAGGGCGACAAGAUUGCCCUCAAGCAGUUCCUGCAGACCAUUCCUGUUGACAGCUUGGAUGCCCUGGGUCGGUCACCGCUCAUGUACGCGUCAAUCGCCAACAAGAUCAAAGCUGUUGAGAUGCUGCUUCGUGCCGGUGCAGAUGUGAUGUUGACAGACACAAACGGCCGCUCGCCCGUGCUGUGGGCAGCGUACUACGGCCACCACGAGGUGCUGCGGCUGCUGCUUCGCGCUGCCCCCACGGCAGUGAUGCUCUCUGACCCCGAGGGCCGCACAGCCGUACACUGGAGCUGCAAACACGAGAGUACACGCAGCCUCGAUAUCUUGCUCAAGUAUUGCACGCCCGAGGUGCUGAACCACCAGGACGACGAGCACGUGACGGCGCUGCACUGGGCAGUGCUCUGCCAGCACAGCGACCACACGGCACACCUCGUCAAGGCUGGCGCCAGUGUCAGGAUACCAGACACAGAAGGGCGCACCCCCAUCCACUAUGCUGUGUCGAACGACAGCCCGCGGUGUGUGCGCUCGCUGCUGGAAUCGCCCGAGAACGCCGUCAAUAUACGCGACCACCGGGGCCGAACGGCCCUGCAUCUCGCCAUCUCGGCACAGAGCUCACUCGAGGUCAUCACCACGCUGCUCUCGUGCACAAACAUUGACGUCAACUGCACAGACGUCCGCAUGACCACGCCCCUCCACUGGGCUGCGGUGUGCAAUCGACCUGAUGUGUGCAAGGUGCUCGUGCGACGCGGUGCAAAGCUCCAGUUUCGCGACAUUUCGGGCAUGACACCCUUGCAUUAUGCAAUCAACAAGAACUUUCAGGAGUGCGCAUCCACACUGCAGGCGCUUGCAAACGAGCCGGACCGUCCGGCAAGCGGCAGACGACGGCGCUUGCCAUCUGCACGACGACGAAAGUCCCACGCGUGGUCUUGAGAAUGAACAAAGCACACUCGUGCACCAGGUUCUCGGUCUUUGUUCUUCUCGUCGUUGUUUCCUGUCCUUCCUUUUUUGAUGCUUUCUUUGCAGGCUUCAUUUUUUUCCUGUCUUUCUGUUCUGUCUGUUCAUACUUUGCCAAGUGCGCUCUCUGGCGUGCUUGCUUGCAACGAAGCUACUUCAGCUGUUCAUACACCACCAUUACACAAGAUACCACUAUCGCUAUCAUCAUCAUCAGCAGCAGCA